UUGUCUGCCAUUGGAGAAUGCCGCCAAAAAUUUAAAAACAGUUUAUUUCUUUUAUCUUUUGGAAAGUCUUGUUGAACUGGGGAAGCGUUUGGAUAAAGACGCGACCCAUCAAAAUUCAAAAUUUUGUAGUGUUGCCUACAAUUUAAAGGACCCUCAAAAAUGAUGUCCAAGUUGUAUGCGAUCCUGGCUCAAAGGUCAGUUCGUUCCAGCCAAAAAUGCCACCUACUGAGCCAAGCUCUUUGGUUCGGCCAGCACCGGAACAGUGUCAAAAUUCGUGAAAAACACUGCUGCGAAAUAAAGGUGGUUCCCUCUCGCGAAGAGCAUUUAAAUGCACUGAAGGGAGAAGAGUUUGACGUACUGGUCAUCGGAGGUGGAGCCGUAGGAUGCGGCUGCGCCGUGGACUCGGCCUGUCGUGGUCUUAAGACUGCCUUAAUCGAGGCAGAAGAUUUUGCCAGUGGCUCCAGUUCACGAUCCAGUAAAUUAAUUGAUGGCAGCGGUUCAUACCUAGGUACCGCCCUCCGGCAGAAAGACAUAGAGCAGCUGUACAUCAUGCUGCAGAUGAUGAGCGAGCGAGUGACCAUGCUGAAGAACGCUCCGCAUUUGAAUCGCAUUCAGCCGAUGAUUAUGCCCGUCUACAGUGCCCUCCAAAUGCCCUUGACCUGGCUGGGAUUAAAGGUGUACGACUGGAUAUCUGCCGCUUCAAAUGUACGUGGAUCGCACUUCCUCUCGAGAGAAGCCACCCUGUACGAAUUUCCGCUCCUAAAAACAGAAGGCCUUCGUGGCGGAGUCGUCUACUACGAUGGCCAGGUGGACGACGCCCGCAUGUGUCUCGCUUUAGUUAUGACCGCCGUCGCCCUUGGAGCCAAUGUGGUCAACCACACCGAGGUGGUGGAGCUCAUACAUCAGGAAGGCUGUUGUCGAGUGGUGGGCGUUAAAGAUAAAAUCUCCGGCGAGCAGUUCUACAUCCAGUCUAAAGCGGUGAUUAACGCCACGGGCUCUAGCACUGAUAGCAUUAGGAAGAUGGACAAAGAAGACACUGCGCCGAUUCUGAUGCCAACUGUGGGAACCCAAGUCUCCCUGCCCCGGUACUUUGGUUCCGGACACUACGGUCUUUUGAGCCCAUCGCUGAAGAACGAUGAUCUAACGAUUUUUAUGGUGCCUUUCGAAAACCACAUGGUUCUGGGCGUUCGCGAGGUCGAACUGGACGAAGUGUCCGGCCGUGGAAGUCCUACUCCAGAGCCGGAUGAUGUUGACUGCCUUCUGGAAGCAGCGAAGAGAAGAUUGGCACCCUGUGUGGAAUUGGGACGCUGUCAUGUUCUAAGCGCCUGGACGGGCAUAAAGCCCAGUGUAAGCUGUCCCACCGACAAGUCGGAGGAAGAGGAGGACAAUCGGGGCUCCCCGAUCAGCAGCUAUAUGAUCGAGGUCAGUGCAGACGGUCUGAUUACGCUGGCCGGUGGACGCUGGAGUAGUUAUCGCGUAAUGGCUGCCGAUGCCAUCGACCUGGCAAUCCAAUCAUGUGGAUUGUGUGACGAUCAUGUUACCUCCAGUUGGACACAGGAUCUGAAACUAGAUGGAGCCGAUUUCUGGUGCUGCAUGCUGCCGCUGGAGUUUGUGCAGGACUACGAAGUGCCCAUGGACGUAGCACAACAUAUAUCCGACUCCUAUGGCUACAAUGGGCAUGCCUUGUUUAAACAGUCUCCAGCCGACAUGAAGAAGCGACUCCAUCCAAACUUCCCUUAUAUCGAGGCGGAAGUGCAGUAUGCGGCACGGAACGAAUACGCCUGUACACUGGUGGACAUUAUCGCAAGGCGUCUUCGCAUCGCUUUCGUUGAUGCGGCUGCCACGCUGCACAUGUUACCCAAGAUCCUCAAGAUCAUGGCCGAGGAAAAAGAGUGGGAUGAGGACCAGCAGAAUAAGCAGAUGCAGGCUGCGCAGGAGUUCCUUGUGCGCCAAAUGGGACUGGGUACGAUAGUUCGACCCAAGGCCACCAGCAAGAACAAGCCGAUAAAGAAGGCCGCCUCGGGGGGAUGUUGCUGCCGGGCGGCUGCCCGAAAGGAGGCCAGGAGCUACUCCAAGUGUUGCUCUCAGCUGUUGGAAUCCUUGCCCCAUCGAUCAAUAGCCGUUCCCACUGGAAUGUCGGGUAAAAAACCAGAGCUCAUCACUAACACUUGGCGCAAAAAAUUCAAGUGCUAGCUCAUUUUUAAAUAACGUUUUUUCCCUUUCAACGACGAUAUAUUAAGUCUAGCACAUUUCGUUCCGUGUGGGUCUCUUAGGACAAAAAAUAAAACGAUCGGAGCACACCAAGAGUAGAUAUUAGCAUUUCUAUCCUUUAAAAACUAAUAAAGGCUGUUAUAAAUAUCGUUU